GCCGCGACGGUGUGCGUUUUGCCGCGCAAUUUUGACAGCACACGAGAAGUUUUAGUGAUUUGUUUUUUUUUCAAGAUACAGAAGAUGUCGUGUACAAAGGCUUUAGCAGUAAUCCUGUUGUCAUCAUUGGUUUGCGGAGAGCCUCCACUGCAGUAUAUACAACCUCCUUACAAACAUGGGAUAAAUAGUCUAGGAAGCAAUAACUUAGCUCCCAAUAAUGAUUAUUCUCUACAGAACACCUACUUACCACCACACAAUGGAUUCUCCGGUUCUGAUUACAACGGACAUGCUCAAGGUCAUAAUUAUAAUCACGGACAAAAUAACGGUUACGGUCAAAAUCACGGCCAUGAUCAAAACCAUGGUCAUGACCACAGCUACGAUCAUGAAAACGAAGUGCCCAAAUCUUACGAGUUUGGAUACUCGGUAAAGGAUGCUAAAAGCGGCAAUGAUUACGAUAGACGAGAGAUGUCCGAUGGGAACGUGGUACGGGGGGAAUACAGAGUCCAACUACCAGAUGGACGAACGCAAAUCGUGUCGUAUCAUGCAGAUUGGCGUACCGGUUUCCACGCUGAAGUCAGAUAUGAAGGCGAGGCACAAUACCCUCAGAAUAACAACAACGGUUAUAACUACAACCCACCAGAUUAUACCGGAUCGUCGUCCGGAUUUCAUUCCGGUCUCCAACCACCAAGACCUUCAUACGGAUCUCCAUUCCAGUGAAGAUGAUAAAUUUACGGCAUUUGUAAAUUUAUCAGUGAAAAAAAAACAUAUGAUUAUUUUUAAAACUUACUGAAAUGCGCCGGUUUACAUGCUCAGAUAAUAAAUGACGAACAUUAAUUGUUCAUGAACAAAAAAUAGAAAACACGUUCAAACUACAGAAAAUACAUAAUUCCAUAGAAUAGUUACGUUUCGAGCUAUGUACACAUGUAAGGACAUAUCAUUCACAGUCUGAUAGCGGAACUGUAAUACACUUUAUAGCACAAUGUAAGCACACUUUUCUCCUUAGUCGUGUGUCAAAUGUCACUGUUCGAAUCAAUCCUGAGCUGAAUAAAUGUUUUACAUUGCUGCUUAUUGACCAAGAAUACUUUAAACAACUGGGAUAAAUGCGGCAAUGUAUAUAACAAUCGAAGCUUAUAUGGUGUAGUUUGUGACAUUUCGGGAUUGUUUCUAUACGACGCGAUUUGUCAAUAUGUAUAGAACGUUAUUGGUCGUAGGAGUAAAUAAAAUUGGUGAACAAUGUGCUAUAUAUUUCCAGUAUUAACUGAUUAUGUGCAGUAAGAGUGUGCGUUUCCCGUACAUCAUUAUGAUUUGCCACAAAAUGGUCACUUCCUAUUUAAACUCACUUGGCAAGGAAACGAAAAUUAACUUCAAGCAUUAUUAGAUUUAAGUUAAGAUAGUCUGUACAAAACGUAACUUAGUAUAUAAGUGUAUAUUAAAGACUUUUCUUAUAA